AUGUCCAGCUUCGACAAGUGCGUCGCGCAGCUGGUGAGGCGUAUGGGCGAUGACGUGCCGAAGGAAGUUCGGGUGAAGAUACUGCAGAACAUCAGCUACAGCAUUGAUGAUUACCAGCACCUCCGUGACUUAGCUGACGCGCAAGCACUCAUGGAUGCCAAGGCUGCAAAGAAGGCCCUAGAGGAGGAACGGUGUCGAAAGCUGAGGCACCAAGCGAAUGUGCCACUAUUCUCGUCGUCGAUGUCGAAGACUACGACUUCCCCCUGCGUGAUGGAAUGUGCAUCGGGCAAGCAUAUGAGACUUAAGGGAAUGUCUGCUUCGAGACUCAGCAGGAUGAAUGCCUCUGUCUCCACCUCUUCAAAGCGCGAAAGACCUAGGACCGUGGCCGCGGCAUCUGCGAGGACGACAGUGCACCCUAAGACGUACGCGGUGCAGGGGAGAAGCGUUGACUUUGGCUUCUCGAAGGAAAUAUCUGUGCAGCUGCACAAACUGGGGAACAGAGCUUUAGGAAAGAGGCCCUCGGUCCACAGGUCAAAGCCGAUAGGUACGGCUUCAGCGAGCGCGAGCGCCAAGCCGUCAGUGGGCGCCGUAUCAGCAUCUGCACCUACUGAGGUCAAUGAACCGGCUGCGAGGCAGACGAAUUCAAUAUCGAUUGAACGGCCAAAGCGCUUGUCACCGCCCCCGCUGGACCAAACCGCGAUGAAGGAGUCGGAGUCCGUGAACUCGACAACUAAUGGCAUACACGAGGUACCGCGCAUCUCCCGCAGCGAGACAAUCUCCUACCAGGAGACCUUCAAGGGAUUCAGGUUUGGACGUCAGGACACCGAGAGCGGGAAGAGCACCACGUUCGAAAUGCACUCCCAGGGCGGAGAGGCAGAGCAGGAGGAGGCGGAGGAGGCGGAGGAGGAGUUCAUAGAUGACCGCGAAGAUGAGCGACGCCGCACCAUCCAAAUGCAGCGCCCGAGCCGCGGCGCCAUCUCGGAUUCUUCACUAGACGUUGACGAGGCGCGGAUUGCGAACUUCCCGACCACACCGAAGUCACAGGAGAAGGUGAAGACCAUCUCGCGCGUUCUUGUGCGUCACUUUUUGUUUUCCACGCUGGACGACAGUGAUAUUGCCAAGUUUGCGUCCAUCAUGGACAUAGAGGAGUUCGUGGCAGGAACGAAAAUAUUGGAAAAGGGGAAUGCGAACGACACGUUCUUUAUUGUGCUUGACGGUGAGGCAGAAAUGACGAUAGAGAACGACGGUGAGGUGGUGGCUGCGCCGCUGGUGCGCGGCUCCACGUUUGGGGAUUUAGGUUUGAUGUACGAAGUAUCAAACGAUGCCGACGUCGUCGCGCGCGUUUCGAUGCAGUGCGCCUCGCUAGAGCGCCGCACUUACAAGAUGAUCACUUCGCGCGCAAUGGAGGACAAACGGCACAGGUACAUUGACUUUCUGUCAUCGCUGCCAGUGUUCGCUGGACUGACCUCUCACCAACUGGAGGCCGUUGCAGAGUGUCUCAAGGAGGACAGCUAUGUAGAGGGGCAGCGACUGAUCGUCGCCGGUGUGCCAAAUCACUGGAUGCAUAUCGUAAUAGAGGGAACCCUGCGCGUGAUGGCGCCGGAUGCCGAGAGUGGCGAUAUGAAAGAAGUGGCGCUGCUGCGCCGCGGCGACUUCGCUGGUCACAUCGAGUUCCUUUACCAUCACGUCUGCGUUGCUGAUGUAGUAGUCGCUAACGCAGUGGUGAAGACUGCAAAACUAAGCCGCCGCUCCUUUGAGCGCAUCCCCAGCGAGGCCCGCGAACGGAUGAUUAGGUCUGUGGAGGAGGACGAGACGUAUGCGCCGUAUCACCAACGGAUGCGCAGCGCCACGCCCCCGCCGUUCGACACAACGCCUCCGUUCGAUGCCCCGCCAUCGCACCUGUUACACACCAUGUACUCACACAAGAGCGCAUAG